AUGACUAGCUAUACUGCACGAUAUAUUACAUCUACAAACUUGGGCAUGUUCAAGUCCACAUACCCCUCAAAGACUGCAUCUUUACAGUCAUACAAGAAGCACACACUAUAUGAUAUCUUUGAAGAGCUGGAUGAGGGAGAUGAGGAGAACUACAAUGACUAUGCAGCAAACUCAAACCAAAACUACUUUGCCAACAAGAGAUAUUCAACAAGCUCAUCCUAUUCUAUCAGUGACCAUCUGGAGACCAUCUACGAGGUAGAGGAAGAGCAGCAGCAAGAAUAA